AGCGACAGAGGGAGAGAAAACAACAGGCGCAGGUAGACUGACAGUAACUCAAUCACUCAGGGAUUUACAGAAGCAAUAAAACUCACACAUUUCAUUAAAGGUGUCAUAUCCAUCCUAUACAAUGGGCUGCUUUGGAUUUUUGAAAACCAUGAUGUUUAUCUUCAAUGGUAUCAUCUUUCUGGCAGGAGCAGCUAUUCUGGGAGUGGGGAUCUGGGUGAAGGUGGACAGUGGAUCUGUCCUGGGUCUUCUGCAAAAAAUCCCAGAAGCUCCAGGUCAGCUGGGGCAGGUCCUGAACGUGGGAUACCUCCUGAUCGCGGUGGGCGCUGUGCUGCUCAUCCUGGGCUUCCUGGGCUGCUUUGGAGCGAUCCGAGAGAGCAGGUGUAUGCUGCUGCUGUUCUUCAUCAUUAUUCUGAUUGUCUUCAUCGCCGAAGUUGCUGGAGCGAUUGUGCUUCUGGUCUUUAAGCCUGUGGCAGAAACCCUCAUAAAUCAGCUGGGAGAUGAAGCUGUGAAAGGCAUCAGAAAGGAUUAUGGGAAAAACGCAGACCUUACCGGACUAUGGAACACGACUAUGAAAGGGCUGAAGUGCUGUGGAUUCAACAACUAUACAGAUUUCACAAAUUCAUACUUUGUGAAUGACACCAGGAGUUACCCAUUUCAGUGCUGUAGUGGACUUCCCUGCAAUGAGAACGCAGCCAUGAAUUCGACUGUACCAGGUUGUUUCCCAGCACUAAGGAAGCUGGUAGACGAUAAUGUAGUUGUCAUCAUAGCUGUCGCACUGGGCAUCGCUGCUCUUGAGCUUGCGGCGAUGAUUGUGUCCAUGAUCCUGUAUUGUAAAAUAGGGUCUAAAGCUUAAGCUGAUUAAUGUCUCACUUUGACUGAAAUAUCUGUCUGAUGACUCCUCUGUUACGGAGGAUGAGGUGGAUCAAAA